GAACCGCUGGCGAUCGGUCGUUGUGGUACUCAUUUGGUACUCCUGGCAAAAAGUGCGAGUACCGGCGAUUCGCGCGCACUUUUCUAAAGACAUUUCGGGCCGCGCGAGCAUGUGAGUUUUUCGUGCAGGAAUUCCGGGAGCGCUGCCAACAUGAAGAAGAGACGGCAAUUAUUGGAUUCCGAUGAAAAUUUACUACCCAAAUCCACCGAAAGAUACUCCAAAAUCGAUGAUCCCGGACGAGAAAAGCAACGGCCGCCGAUCUACAACCCGGAGGACUACGCGUACUUGCUGAAGAAAUGGGGCAAAAAGUCCGGCCACGGCGGCGCCCUGACGCUCUACGCGUCGUCGAGCGUCUCCGACCUGGAGAGCAACCACUCGCGCGCGAGCACCUUCAGGGACUACAGGAACCCCAUGCUGAGCGCGGCCGGCGUGGAGAUGACGCUGCGGCAAUUCGGAACGGUCUCCGAGCUGCUGGCGAAGCUCAAGAGCGACCUGCGGCUGGCCUAUCCCAGCUUCGUGCAGGAGUUCGUGGCGGAUCCACUGGACGGGGUCACGUUGCUGCUGGACCUGCUGCGCGCCAUCCAGCUGAACCAGACCAACAACGUGCAGCUGCAGCAGUCGGCGCAGGGCACGAACGCGCCCAAGCUGCCGCCGGCCGUCCAGCGAAGGACCCUUCUCGACGAGCUGUCCUGCCUGCAGUGCCUCCAGAACUGCUGCGCCCGCUACUCGGAGGCCGUCAGGAAGCUCACCGCCUGCUCGGCCAGGCUCUUCGCCGUCGCCGUGUGCAUCAUGAGCAACGUCAAUAAAUCCAGGAUAGUCGCUUUGGAGCUGUUGAGCAGAGCCUGCGAGCCUCCCGCCAGCAAUCACACGGCCGUAUCGGAGGCCAUGUCGACUUUGAGGCUGAGGUUCGGCGAGCCCGUGCGAUUCCGGUUCUUAGUGGGCAUGCUAAGUUCGGCUGGAAGCCACGUGGAGCUGCUGUCGGCCGGCCUGCGGUUCCUGAACGCCUUCCUGAAGACGUCGGGAUCGGUGCAGAAGCGGGUGUACCUGCAGGCCGAGCUCGAACAGGCGGGGUUCGAUCUUACCGCCAUCAGGAAGAAUAUCGGAGUGAAUCUGGGCGUUUGCGAGCCGCUUUUGGAUGAAAUGGAGACGUUCGAGAAGCAGUUUAUCGAUAUAGAAAGCUUGAGGACUCGCACGGAAUACGCCGAGAAGGAAAACGGUUGCUUGAAGGACAAGCUCACCGAGUUGGAGCAAAAAAUUCAAGUUCUGCAGGAGGAAAAAGGAAUACUGAUAUCCAUGGACCAAUGCCUCAGGGAGAAAUGCAGCGAACUAACCGAAGAAGUACACUCAUUGAAAUCCGCGCAAUCGAUAGAAAUCACAUCCAAAAAUCAAGAAUCGCCGCCAGAAGACGAAGGAAUAUCCUCAUCCGAGCGCACCCCCAGCCCCGAGAACGACCUCCAACCCGCCUCGCCGGUCUUCGAGCUGUACGCGGCGCCCUCGCCGCAAAUCCUCGACGACUUCGACGAGGAGGACGAGACCACCAUCGAGGAGGUGAUCCAGGAGCUGCGCGACAUCAUCAGCAACGAGGAGACGGAGGCCUACAACAGGGAGAACGCGCAGCCGCGCCGCCUGCGCGACGACUGCGAGAUCGUCCCCGUCAGGCUGCAGCCGGAGCCGCCGCGGAAGUCGCGCAGCCUGGUGCACCUGUUCGCCCGCGCCGGCGGCGACUACGAGCCCGAUACCAAGGAGAUCUUCUUCGAGGCGGAGAGCCUGACCAGCGACAGCUCGUUUUCGGUGGUGGACGUGUCCGAUUGCCGGCAGAAGAAGCGAUCGCAGUCGUUCAAGCAGCCGCCCAGAGGUGAGAUUGAUGUGUGGAGGCGGCCCGUGCAGAAGGAGGAUGCUGAUGAGAAAGGCGGGAGCGCCGAUGGGUUGUUGGAGGAGAGGACCAAAAGCGACUCGGGGAAUUUAUCGGUGAACUCACUGUGCAGGAGCAUUUCUAACGUGUACAUCAACAAGGAUACGAAGACGAAGCUUGGUACUUAUUCUGAGGAGAAGCAUCGAAUGUUUCUGCCGUCGAACGGCGACGAGAAUGAGAUGUUGUAUUAUUUUCCGAGGAUACAGGAGAGGAAGUGCAGCAAUUCGUCGAGUUUUUUGAUGAGUAGAGGUUACAACAACGCGGGGUUGUACUCGGGGCAGAGCAUCGAGAAUCACCGGUAUUUCUCGAGGAGUCGAGAAGUCGUGGGGAGCGAUUGCAGGAGUUCCGGUAAAUUGACCGAUUAUCCUUCGGGAUUGUAUUAGUUAUUUCGAGGCUUGAAUUAUGGGAUAAAGUUCACUUUAUUUAAAUGCAUGACAAUAUUUGGGUGUAACAGUUUAUUGCAUUUAUGGGAUCACCUUGUACUUCAUCAAAAGUUAAUCAGUAAAUUAGUAUAAUAUAGGAUUAUUCAAGAAGUAGGUGUUAUUUGUUAGGUUUAUGUAAAAUAUAUCUUUUGUAUGAAAA